AUGACCGACUUGACCGGAGGUACAGCCGAGCUGCAACCGAGCGUUGCCUCCGCUGCUGGAACGACCACAGCCCCGCCUACAGGCCCCCCGCGGGUUACGCCGAAUGGAAAUGAUCAUGACGAGCAACCGCCUCUGGAAGUCGACGAUGCGGCCGUGCCCGCAGACGAUGAUUCUGCAAAUGAGGAUCAGCUCUCCUCGUAUACUGCAUCAUUGACGUCAAGCGUCAUUGACUACCCUAUUGAGAAUGGUCGCCGCUACCACGCAUAUCGAGCGGGAUCGUACUUCAUGCCCAAUGAUCAAAACGAAAUGGAUCGACUUGAUUACGCACAUCUUGUCACAACGAAGAUACUCGGGGACAAAUUGUAUGUUGCGCCCAUCGAAGAGAAAAACAUCCACCAAGUUUUGGACAUUGGCACCGGUACUGGACUCUGGGCAAUCGACUUUGCAGAUCGUUUCCCAGCCGCGGAGGUCCACGGUAUUGAUCUCAGCGCUAUUCAGCCAGAAUGGGCUCCCCCCAAUGUCAAGUUCGAGAUUGACGACGUCGAGAGCCCUUGGGUUGACAGGACGUAUGACUUCAUCAACUGCCACUGGAUGAUGGGUUCCAUCCAAGAUUGGCCAAAGCUGAUCAGCAACUGUUACAAGAACUUGAACCCAGGAGGCUGGGCAGAAUUCCUCGAAAUGGGUGGGGAGUACAGUUCAGACGACGGAAGCUUCACCCACGACCACGCCACUUACAAGUGGAUCAAAACUCUUUUCGACGGCAUUGCGUCGACAGGUCGUGAUAGCCGUCCCGGUACCAAGCUGAAAGGUUGGGUCGAGAAUGCAGGAUUUGAGAACAUAACCUACAAGAAGGUCAAAGUGCCGCUUGGUGUGUGGCCAAAGGACCCCUAUUACAAGGAAAUGGGUUUCUUGAACUUGACAAACCUCUUGGACGGCCUGGAGGCCUUCACCUUGAGAAUAUUUUGCGGCGUACUUGGGUUUACCAAGGAGGAAACGAUGCUGCAACUCGCCGAGGUCCGGAAGGAGCUGAAAGACAAACGCAGCUUCAAUGCGUACUACGAGGUGUAA